AGGUAGGUGAGGGUGAGUCACUCAUUAUGGGAGGAACGGGCUCAAAAGGACAAAAAAUGUUUGUCUCAGUAUUACAGAGGCUCUUAGCAGGAAGAGGCCUCAAAGUCAAGGAAAGUACUGCUGUAGAAUUUUAUCAAUUCCUCAUGAAGGUUUCCCCCUGGUUCCCAGAAGAAGGAGGUUUAAAUCUAGAAGAUUGGAAGAAAGUAGGUAGAGAAAUGAGAAGGUACACCGUUAAGCAUGGAGAAGAAACCAUUCUUAAACAGGCAUAUCCCAUAUGGUUACAGAUGAGGGAAAUCUUGACAGAACAGUCGGAUUUGGUCUUGUUAUCAGCUGAGGCUCAAAUCAGAGAAGGAUGUUGAGGAAUCAGUGUAUGAUUUGCCUUAUGAUGAUGUUACUGAAGUUAAGGUUAAGGAAGUCAAGGAAAAGACUUAUGGAACUAAUAAACCCCUUGUUAAGAAAGACCCCUCAAAGACGAACCUCUUGGGAUUGGAUGAUGACGAUGACCUCUCCCCAGGGGAUUGGGAUGAUCUAGAAGAAGAGGCAGCUAGAUAUCACCAUGAUGAUGAUCUGGUCUUUACAGUGAAAAAGGGAUCCAAGGGAUCUAAAGCACGCCCAAUACCAGCCCCUCGCAGAAAACUACUACCUCCAGUGGGUUUCGCAGGGGCCAUGGCUCAAGCUAGGGAGCAAGGUGACCCUUCCUUCGUUUUCCCAGUGGUCUAUACAGGAGACAGUGAUGAUGAAGAUUCCCCCACAUGGGAACCAUUACCCCUAAAAACAUUAAAGGAAUUACAAGCUGCAGUACGAACCAUGGGGCCUUCGGCGCCCUACACUAUACAGAUAGUGGACAUGGUGGCCAGCCAAUGGUUAACUCCGCAUGACUGGCACCAGACUGCCAAAGCAACUCUCUCCCCGGGGGAUUAUAUCCUCUGGAGGACAGAAUAUGAAGACAAGAGCAAAGAAACUGUACAAAAAUCCUCAGGAAAAAGGGGGCCCAAGGUAACUUUAGAGAUGAUGCUGGGGACAGGAGCAUUUGUUGCCCCUGCUUCUCAGGUAAAAAUACCCAAGUUUAUCCUAAAAGAGGUUACUACCAACGCUGUUUUGGCCUGGAGAGCAAUCCCGCCUCCUGGGUCAAAAAAGACUGUCUUGACAGGAAUAAAACAAGGAAAUGAGGAAUCCUAUGAGACCUUUGUCUCUAGACUGGAGGAAGCUAUCCACAGAAUGAUGCCCCCAGGAGAAGGGGCUAAAAUGCUCUUAAAGCAAUUGGCAUGGGAAAAUGCUAAUUCACUAUACCAGGAUCUUAUAAGAUCAGUGAGAAAGACGGGAAGUAUACAGGACUAUGUCAAAGCCUACAUAGAUGCCUCCCCUGCAGUGGUACAGGGGAUGGCCUAUGCUGCUGCCAUGAGAGGACAGAAGUACUCAGCCUUUGUUAAGCAAACAUAUGGAGGAAACAAUGCUAGGGGCAACUCUGGCCCCACUUGUUACUUAUGUGGAGAAGUGGGACAUUUAAAGAAAGAUUGCAAAAGAGGUCAAGGGGAGGGCAAACGCCCCCCUCCUGGCCUGUGCCCGCGCUGCAAGAAGGGCAGGCAUUGGAAAAGUGAGUGUAGAUCAAAGUAUGACAAGGAUGGAAAUUUGAUUACAGAUAAAAAGGAGGAAGAAACAAAAAACUAGAUGAGGGGCAGCCUCUCAGCCCCAUACAAAGAGAGGAAAAUAAAGGUCAAACCUCGAGUUAAACCCCGAGGCCAUUCCAUUCACUAUUCAUGACCUUCCGAGAGCUACACCCGGAAGCACGGGUUUAGAUCUCUCGUCCAAGGUCGAUGUCAUCAUUUCUAUGGAAGAAGGGACGGUUUUAGUCCCUACAGCAGUAAGGGAAACUCUACCUGAGGGAGUUAUUACAGGGCUCCUUAUAGGAAGAAGUUCCAACUAUAAGAAGGGCCUAGAGGUCCUUCCAGGAGUCAUAGAUGCAGAUUAUCAAGGGGAAAUAAAAAUUAUGGUUAAAACAACCAAACAUACAGUCAUCAUACACCAAGGAGAGCGUAUCGCCCAGAUAUUACUCUUGCCAUAUUUAAAGCUGCCCAAUCCAGUGCUCCAGUCAGAAAGAGGACUGGGAGAGUUUGGAUCUACUGACCACAUACAUUGGGUCAAAGAAAUCAAGGAAAGCAGGCCAAUGCUCACUAUUUAUCUUAAUGGUAGAAAGUUUGUAGGCCUUCUUGACACAGGGGCAGAUAAGACAUGCAUUUCAGGAAAAGACUGGCCUUCUCAUUGGGCCGUCCAUCAAACAGAGAAUUCCCUACAGGGCUUAGGCAUGGCCUCAGGAGUAGCCAGAAGCAGCGAGCCUCUGAUUUGGGAACAUGAGAACAAGACAGGUAGCAUACAGCCUUAUGUCAUACCUACAUUACCAUUUACCCUCUGGGGAAGAGACAUUAUAAAAGACAUGGAUGUAAAAUUGGUCACAGCAGAACAGGAUUUUUGAUGGGGGCCAUUGAGGACAACCUGUUCGCAGAUCAAAUAUCGUGGAGAUCUGACCAGCCUGUAUGGCUCAAUCAAUGGCCCCUGAAAGAAGAAAAAUUACAGGCUUUACAGGAAUUAGUCCAGGAACAAUUGAGGCUAGGACACAUAGAGGAAACCAAUAGCCCGUGGAACACUCCGGUGUUUGUUAUAAAGAAGAAAUCAGGUAAAUAGAGAUUACUACAAGACCUAAGGGCGAUUAAUAGCACCAUGCAUGACAUGGGGGCCCUCCAGCCUGGAUUGCCAUCCCCGGUGGCAGUCCCCAAAAACUGGGAGGUAAUAAUUAUAGAUCCUCAAGAUUGUUUCUUUAAUAUAAAGUUACAUCCUAAAGAUUGUAAGAGAUUUGCCUUUAGUGUUCCUUCUUCAAAUUACCAACGACCCUAUCAACGAUAUCAGUGGAAAGUACUCCCCCAGGGGAUGAAAAAUAGUCCCACAUUAUGUCAAAAAUUUGUGGAUCAGGCCAUUUCUUCCGUCAGGAAAAAAUAUAAAAAUUCAUAUAUAAUUCAUUAUAUGGAUGAUAUAUUGAUAGCCCACCCUCAGAGGGCCAUAGUGGACCAACAAUUAAUUGACCUUGUAAAUGCUUUGGAGGAAUUUGGCUUGAUUGUCUCUGAGGAGAAAAUUCAGAAAUAUGAUAAUUUGAAGUAUUUAGGUACCAAUAUUAGAGGUAAUAAUAUAACAUAUCAGAAAUUACAGAUAAGACAUGAUAGACUAAGAACGUUGAAUGAUUUUCAAAAGCUUUUGGGUAAUAUUAAUUGGAUCAGACUCUAUUUGAAAAUAAUUACCGGAGAGUUGAAACCAUUAUUUGAGAUACUUAAUGGAGAUCCUAACCCCAUAUCUACCAGACAAUUGAUUAUUGAGGCCUGUGAGGCAUUAAACAAAGUAAAUGAAAAAUUGACUCUAGCAAGGGUCCAACGCUUGGAUCCUGCUGAAGAGUGGUCCUUGUGCAUUCUAAAAACUAAUUAUACCCCCACAGCCUGCCUGUGGCAGAAUGGGAUAUUGGAAUGGAUUCAUUUACCUCAUAUUUCGCAUAAAGUUUUGGUUUCUUAUGAUACCCUAUGCACUCAAUUGAUUAUCAAGGGAAGACACAGGUCUAAGGAAUUAUUUGGAAGAGAUGUACAUAAUAUUGUCAUCCCAUAUAAUAAAGCUCAACUGGAACAAUUAUUGCAAGAAAAUGAUGAAUGGAUCAUAUCCUUAAUUGGCUUUACAGAGAAAAUAUUUUUCCAUUUACCUCAGGACCCAGUUUUAACUUUUGUAUUAGAAAAUGAGGUGAUUUUCCCUAGAGGAUAUUCUAAAACUCCAUUAGAAGAUGGAAUCAAUAUAUUCACUGAUGGGUCCUCAAAUGGACGAUCAGUGGUGUGUAUACAAAAUAGGGACCCCAUUAUUAAGAAGAAUUCAGGAUAUUCAGCUCAACAGGCUGAAAUUGAAGCAGUCUUAAUAGCUUUUACAGAAGUGAAACAGGCUUUCAACCUUUACACAGACUCCAAAUAUAUAUUUAACUUGUUUCCGGAAAUAGAGACGACAGUCCUGUCGCCGAGAACCACGGUUUAUCUCAAAUUAAAACAGUUACAAGAAUCUAUUCAGCAGAGACAGAAUAAAUAUUUUAUAGGGCACGUGAGGGGCCACUCGGGGCUUCCAGGUCCUAUAGCCCAAGGAAAUGCUUUAGCAGAUUCACUAACAAAAAUCAUACAGGCUGUAGAGACAGCUAAAAAGAGUCAUGAUCUACAUCAUCAGAAUGCUGCUGCACUUAGAUAUCAUUUUCAAGUUACUCGUGAACAGGCACAAGAAAUAAUUAAAUCUUGUCCUCAUUGUCCAGAUUGGGGGCAUGCAUUAAAGAUGGGAGUUAAUCCACGAGGAUUAAAACCUCGCAUUUUAUGGCAAAUGGAUGUGACUCACAUAUCAGAGUUUGGAAAAUUGAGUUAUGUCCAUGUCACAGUGGACACCUACUCACACAUGGUGUUUGCCUCUGCCAGAACGGGAGAGGCAGUGAAAGGUGUAAUACAACACCUGGUGCAGAGUUUCUCUUACAUGGGUAUCCCGAAGAAAAUAAAGACUGACAAUGCGCCUGCCUUUGUGGCAAAAACCUUAGAGCAUUUUUAUCAACAGUGGAACAUAGCCCAUGUCACAGGAAUUCCAUACAACCCACAAGGGCAAGCCAUUGUGAAACGUAUGCAUCAGAAUAUUAAAGCACAGAUUCAAAAGUUAAGGUCAGCAGGUAAGUAUACAACUCCCCAUCAUUUGCUUAGCCAUUCCCUAUUCGUUUUGAAUCAUGUAAAUACAGAUAACCAGGGGCUUACAGCCGCCGAAAGACAUUGGGCGGAGAAGGAGAGUGCUCCUAAACCCCUGGUCAGAUGGAAAGACCAAUUAACUGGCCAAUGGAAGGGGCCAGAUGUGCUAAUUGCCUCUGGACGAGGCUAUGCUUGUGUUUUCCCACAGGAUGCCGAAUCACCAAUUUGAGUCCCAGACAGACUCAUCAGGCCAGCCAAAGGAAACGGACAUCCGUCCCCCACCCCGAAAGAGGCCGAACCGCCGGAUAAUGUGGAACCUGGCCAAAAAGAUCAAGGCGACUCGCCUGGAGCCGAAAAUGAAACCACGCCAGACGCCGACGUGGACACAGCUUAAAACCCUGACAGCUCAGGCAAAGGAAGUAUUGAAGGCUGCACAUGCCCCGGAAACGGCAACCUUGCUGUUUGUGGCUAUGCUUGCAGUCAUGAGUGCGCCCACCGCUUUAGGGGAAAGUUAUUGGGCUUACUUACCAAAGCCACCCAUAUUACAUCCUGUAAGGUGAUAGGUGUCGGAUCACAUCAAGGUUUUAACCAAUCAAACAUUAGUGAUAGGGGGAUCGCCUGACUUUCACCUUCUAAAGAACAGCUCGGGUUAUGUAGAUUUUGAGGGAAAGUCCGAUUCUCUGCCCAUUUGCUUCUCUUUCUCCCCUUCGGUGCCAGUGGGCUGUUUUCAAGUGGGAAAAGGGGUGUUUAACACAGAUACCCCCACCUUGGACAAUACCAAACCAGAUGGAAAGGGCAAUGGGCGGCGUAUGUGGGAAUUGUGGAUGACCACCGUGGGCGAUAAAGAAGAAAAAAGACAACAUUAUACCACAGCAAAGAAUCUUCCGCCGCGCUACCCCCAUUGCAGAGCAGCAUUUAAAAAGAACGCCCUUUGGGAGGGAGAUGAGAAUGCUUUCCCGCGCUGGCUUCCAUGUGCCUUCCCUGACAAUGGGGUAAGAUUCUCUCCCUUAGGCGCUGCUGGACUUCUCUGGGACUUCUCCAUGUCCUCACCUGAUAAAGAUCAGAGCAAUUAUCUCUCCACCAACUCAAAACUUUAUGGGAACUACGUGCCUCCAGUUGGAAAACCGAUCAAAAGAUGGUAUGAUGCGGGGUGGGUAGAACCGACAUGGUUCUGGGAGCCACUCCACACGGACCUCCCUGAUAGACAGAACAAACCACUGAUAGAACAUCCAGAACUGUUCCGACUGGUUGCUUCUAGUGAGAAACUUUUGCUGAAGAAACCAGGAGCUGCUGAUUAUGAUGCUGUUUCAGUUUCUGCUUGUGUUACCUAUCCCUAUGCAAUAUUAGUAGGAUUGCCACAAUUGAUUAGCAUAGAUAAGGUUGAAUCUAUUUUUAGUAUUAAGUGUACAUCAUGCAAGCUGACUAAUUACAUUGAUUCCACUGUAUCGGGAUCUGUUAUAUUGAUUGUCAGGAGACCUCCUUAUGUUUUGUUACCGGUAGACUUGGGAGAUGAGCCAUGGUUUGAUGAUUCUGCCAUCCAGACUAUUAGGUAUGCUACGGGUUUGAUUAGGACAAAAAGAUUUGUAGCAGCCUUAAUUCUAGGUAUAACCGCUUUGAUAGCUAUUGUUACUUCUUUUGCUGUUUCUACUACUGCUUUGGUUAAGGAAAUGCAGACUGCCACUUUUGUUAAUGAUCUCCAUAAGAAUGUUACCCUUGCAUUAUCAGAACAGAAGAUUAUAGAUUUGAAAUUAGAAACUAGAUUAAAUGCCCUAGAAGAGGUAGUAUUAGAAUUAGGACGAGAUGUUACAAACAUUAAGACUAGGAUGGCCACACGCUGUCACGCUAAUUAUGAUUUUAUUUGUGUGACUCCUUUACCUUAUAAUGCUACAGAAAAAUGGGAAAGGACCAAAGCACAUUUGCUAGGCAUAUGGGAUGAUGAUAACAUUUCUUAUAAUAUUCAGGAAUUGACAUCCUUAAUCACAGAAAUGAGUAAGCAACAUGUAGAUACAGUGGACCUCUCUGGAUUGGCAAGAUCCUUUGCGGAUAGAGUUAAAUCAUUAAAUCCAAUCGAUUGGACACAAUAUUUUAUUUUUAUUGGAGUUGGGAUUUUACUACUUGUUGUUGUACUAAUGAUCUUCCCAAUUGUAUUCCGAUGCUUUGCAGAUUCCAUUGCCCAGGUUCAAGCAGAUCUCAAUUUAGUGCUUUUAAAAAAUAAAAAAGGAGGAGCUGCCGCGCCUGCAGCAGAGAUAAUCGAGCUCCGGGGCAGACAUGAUGACUGAGUGGGAGCCGGUUCGAGGGUUCGCACCACACGUGGUUAAGCCCCCUGCUUUCGUGCGGCAGACUCCAAGAAGAUGUGCACCUGGACUUGCCCCCUGCUGCAAACUUGGCUCUGGGCUGAUGGGCAUCUGGGUCAUGGGAAAGAUCGUAGUCGGCACCUAUUUCUUUACUCUUUCUUUGUUUGAUUCUGAGUAUGAUCUUGGCAAGACAGAGACUUCCUUUAAUAAUAGGAGAGAAGGUCCUGAUCUAUUUUUGAUUACUAAUACCACAAGCUUUCCUGCUUCCUCUUUACAGCAGACAGAGCCUCUGAUGACAGGGACUCCAAGGUUGCAGAUUAUGUCUUCUCUUAUAGAUAAGGAAAUCAAAGAUUUAGCAAAGAAUUAUACUUAUAAGGAUAGUGAUACUUCUUCUAUUAGGGUGUUGGUAGAACUGUUGAGAAAUGAUUCCUUGAGCUUUGGGUCGGCUAUGAAUAUUUUACAGAGUAUAGAAACAGGUGGUGGCAACCAGGUACUUACAGGGGACCAUAUGUGUAUCGACCAAUGGAUGCUCCAUUACCAUAUACUGGAGAAUAUGAUUUGAAUUUUAAUAGGUGGGUUACUAAGGAUGGAUAUAGGGUCAGGUAUUUGUCACUGCCUUGGUCAGAAAGAUUGGCAAGAGCCCGUCCUCCUUGGUGUGUGCUCUCAGAAGAAGAGAAAUGGGAGGAAAGGUCACAGAUCAUCAGAUACUUUAGACAGGGAUCAGACAUGCAAUAUUAUUGCCCCAAGCCUUAGAUGUGCAUCUACAGGACUAGCGAAGAUGGGAUCAAAGGGUUAACUAGAGCGAUAGAACUAGGUGCACAGAGCUGAUGGCGUAAGAUAUGGUAGACUUGCGGUCCCCUGAAACUUCCUCCUUGGCGUGACAAACGGAAAACUAGACUAGGCUGGCUGACUGCGGCUCGUCUGAAAAAAAUAACAAGCUGUAACUUUUUACAGAAAAACCAAAUGUUCUUGGCCAUGGUCCAAGAUUGUUAUACAAUGAAAAUUGUGUAUAAAUGUCUAAUGCUCUCUCAGUAAAGUUGCAACAGCUGAAGACACUC